AUGACGCUGUCACAUCCCUCCAGGAAGUUUAUGUUUCGAGUCCUUUGGAAAAGUGAAGCACAGCUGUUUAAAAAGGAGUUUGCUGAGGACCCUGGCCCUGCUUCUGCAGCACACUGUGCUUUCCUUGGCCAUAGGUAUGCUACCUCCAUCCCCUCAGGGCAGGCAGGCCACAGUUUCUGGACCCCGUCAGAGCAGACCAAUGCCUACCUCUGCAAUGACUGCAGACCUCAACUUCAGGGUUCCUUGAAAAGAAAACAGGUAGUUAACCUGUCUCCUGCCAACAGCAAGAGGCCCAAUGGCUUUGUUGACAACUCUUUCCUUGAUAUCAAAAGAAUCCGUGUUGGGGAGAAUCUCUCUACUGGACAAGGUGGCCUCCAAGUAAAUAAUGGACAAAAUCAAAUUAUGCCAGGGGCCUUGCCUAUGAGUCAGGCACCCCCGAGAAAGAUUAGCACACUGCCAUCCCACAUACAUUCUCCUGGCAAUGCUUUGUUUAACAUGGGCUUAAAAGAAGUGAAGAAAGAGCCAGGAGAGACUCUGUCUUGCAGUAAGCACAUGGAUGGUCAAAUGCCACAGGAGAAUCUUUUUAGUAAUAGGUAUGGAGAUGACCCUGGAGAGCAACUGAUGGAUCCUGAGCUGCAGGAACUUUUCAAUGAACUGACCAACAUAUCUGUGCCUCCCAUGAGUGACCUUGAAUUGGAGAACAUGAUCAAUGCCACCAUAAAGCAGGACGACCCAUUUAACAUUGACUUGGGUCAGCAGAGCCAGAGGAGCACGCCCCGACCCUCCUUGCCCAUGGAGAAGAUGGUGAUCAAAAGUGAAUACUCACCUGGCCUGACUCAAGGCCCCUCCAGCUCUCCUCAGUUAAGGCCCCCAUCAGCUGGCCCUGCAUUCUCAAUGGCCAAUUCUGCCCUCUCCACUUCAUCCCCAAUUCCUACAGUCCCUCAGAGCCAGGCUCAGCCUCAGACAGUGUCAGGAGCAAAUCGGGCCCUGCCAAGCUGGCAGGAAGUAUCCCAUGCUCAGCAACUCAAACAAAUUGCGGCCAAUCGUCAACAGCAUGCCCGGAUGCAGCAGCAACAGCAGCAGCAGCAGCAGCAACAGCAGCAACAGCAGCAGCAGCAGCAGCAGCAGCAGCACCAGCCUACCAACUGGUCAGCCUUGCCCUCUUCUGCUGGACCAUCCCCAGGUCCAUUUGGGCAAGAGAAAAUUCCCAGCCCUUCUUUUGGUCAGCAGCCAUUCAGCCCACAGGGCUCCCCUAUGUCCGGGGUAGCUGGCAGUAGCAACCAGUCAAAAGUAAUGGCUAACUACAUUUACAAGGCCAGCCCCUCAACCCAGGGUGGGCAUCUGGAUGUGCUCAGCCGAAGUUUUAUUAACAACCCCCACCCAGCCCUGGAGCCCCGUCAUGGCAACACCAAGCCUCUGUUCCAUUUUAAUUCAGAUCAAGCAAACCAGCAGAUGCCUUCUGUUUUGCCUUCUCAGAACAAGCCUUCUCUCCUACACUAUACCCAGCAGCAGCAGCAGCAGCAGCAGCAGCAGCAACAGCAGCAGAGCUCAAUGACAGCUCAGCAGCAGCAGCAGCAGCAACAGCAGCAGCAACAGCAGCAGCAGCAGCAGAGCUCUAUUUCAGCUCAGCAGCAACAGCAGCAACAGCAGCAGCAGCAGCAACAGCAGCAGCAGCAGCAACAGCAGCAACAGCAGCAGCAGCAGCAGCAGCAGCCACCAUCACAGCCCACCCAACCCUUAUCAAGCCAGCCUUUGAUGAGGUCACCCUUACCACUUCAGCAAAAGAUCCUGCUUCAGAAAAUUCAGAAUCAGUCCAUCACAGGACUGGGCUAUCAAGUCUCCCAACAACACAGACAGGAUCAACACUCUGUGGUAGGCCAGAACACAGGCCCAAGUCCAAGUCCCAACCCCUGCUCAAAUCCAAACACUGGAAGUGGUUACAUGAACUCCCAGCAGUCACUGUUGAAUCAGCAAUUGAUGGGAAAGAAACAGACUCUACAGAGGCAGAUCAUGGAGCAGAAACAGCAGCUUCUCCUCCAGCAGCAGAUGCUAGUUGAUGCGGAGAAAAUGGCUCCACAAGAUCAGAUAAACCGACAUUUGACAAGGCCACCCCCAGAUUACAAAGACCAAAGAAGAAAUGUUGGCAAUCUGCAAACAGCUGCUCAGUAUUCUGGUGGCUCAUCGACGGUGAGUUUGAACUCUAACCAGGCUUUGACAAACCCAGUUUCAACACACACAAUUUUAACUCCCAAUUCCAGCCUCAUGUCUACUGCUCAUGGAACAAGAAUGCCAUCAUUAUCCACAGCAGUUCAGAACAUUGGGAUGUACGGAAAUCUGCCUUGUAAUCAGCCUGGCACAUAUAGUGUCCCUUCAGGAAUGAGUCAAAUGACCCAACAGAGAAAUCCAAAUCAACUUAUAGCCAAUCAAAACAACCCUCUGAUGUCACGGUCAUCUACCUUAGGGCCAAAUAACAAUAGCAAUGUGGCCACUUUUGGAGCUGGAUCUGUUAGCAAUUCACAACAACUGAGACCAAAUUUAACCCACAAUAUGGCAAGCAUGCCAACCCAGAGAACAUCCAAUGUUAUGAUCACAUCCAACACAACAGCACCAAACUGGGCCUCUCAAGAAGCAACAACCAAACAGCAGGAAGCUCUGAAGUCCACAGGAGUCCGCUUCCCUACAGGAACGCCUGCCGCCUAUACUCCAAACCAGUCACUGCAGCAGGCAGUGGGCAGCCAGCAAUUCUCCCAGAGGGCAGUGGCUCCUCCUAACCAGUUAACACCAGCUGUGCAAAUGAGACCCAUGAACCAAAUGAACCAAGCAUUAAAUGGACAAACCAUGGGUCCACUCAGGGGUCUGAAUCUCAGACCCAAUCAGCUAAGCACACAGAUUUUGUCUAAUUUGAACCAGUCAGGGACAGGGUUGAAUCAGUCAAGGACAGGUAUAAACCAGCCACCAUCCCUGACACCCAACACUUUUCCUUCAUCCAACCAAAGUUCCAGGGCUUUUCAAGGAACUGACCAUGGCAGUGACUUAGCUUUUGACUUCCUCGGCCCACAGACUGAUAACAUGGGUCCAGCCCUCAACAGUGAUGCUGAUUUCAUUGAUUCGUUAUUGAAGACAGAGCCUGGCAAUGAUGACUGGAUGAAAGACAUCAAUCUUGAUGAAAUCUUGGGGAACAACUCCUGAAGGAGAAAGGGCAGACAGUUCACAAACUCAAAGCACUAACGGCAGAAUUUUACAAGGAUGCUGUAAAGGCCAAACUUUUGACUUCCACAUGGAUUACAUGAAGAUACUGUGGCUUAAAAACAGAGACUAGCUGUAGUGAACAUAUUGGUCCAAAUUCUUUUUUGAAACCUGAAAGUAAAACAUUGGGAUCUCUUUUCCCCAUCUGAACUCCAGGACAUAUUUUCCAAUUUAUCCAAACAGAACUGUGAUGUUAAUGUGUAAUUAAUUGUGUAAAAUAGACAUCCCAAGCUCUUUUUCUCCCUGAAAGAAAAGUAAUAGAAUUUGUAGCUUGUUUCAACCCUGUGUCACGGGGAGGUACUAGUUCCAAGCAACAAGCAACAGAUUCCUUAAUUUACUCUCAUAGAUAUGUGUGGUUUAAUUUUCCACUGUCUUUUCAUUUAAUUUUCCUAAAGCUUUCAGGAUAGAUUGAAAUGAUUUGUUUGGAGUAACUGAACGAUGUUCUAGGUGAGGGAAAGCCAGAAUCUAGAAAACAUCCAGCUGAUGAUAGAAUUUCUUCCCUAGAUUUGGUCCUCAUUUUUGCAAUUCUCCCACAUAUUCUAUACUUCAGUGGGAUGUUGUAUCUAGUAAUGAAAUAAGAAUGAAGGGCUGCAUAACUCGAUGUUGGCUUCCACAACCAUCUGAAUCCAUUCCCUACCAAGUUUUAGAUACAAAUAAGACUUGUCCUAAUCAUACUGAAAUACUGGUGCACACCUGUCUGUAUCAGAUUUCAUUUUUUAAAAAACCGACACUGGACUUGCCAUAAGGAGAUUUAUUUGGCCAGAAGUAGCCUGAGGUAUUAUUUAUUAUGAUUGAUUCUUACUGGUUUGUUCCUGAGGUGAGUGAAAUUGAGCCUGUCUUCCAUACUAAUUUUGAUGACUAGAGAAUGGUUUGUAAGAAAAGGAAGUUGGAAAUAAAAACUAAGAUUAGAAAGUAUUGAGUUUUAAUUGGAGGUAAAAGAAACAGAAGUAGCAGGUAGGAAUGGGUACAAAUCUACUUCAUAGAGUUUGGAGGAAAGCAUAAUUGGAAGAGAAAACAUUAUUUUAAUUGGGGUGAAUAGCUAAAUAAGAUGUAGUAUGUUAGUUGUGGCCUAUUCAUUCUUCUGUCCCUGAUGUGAUAAUUCCUUGCCACAUUCUAUGGGCCCUUCAUAUCUAAGUUUUAUCCCACAGGGCUGAGUACUAUAUCAAAGUUUUUAUUGAGUAAUUUGAUCUCAGUACCCAUAUACAGAUGAGCUAAAAGUGGGGAAGAUGUGCAGAUUUGGGAAGGAUGCAAAAUAUACUAAUUACAGAGGAGCAAAGGUUAUUGUCAGCCUUUUAGUUAUACAUUCAUAUUUAAGUAUCAAAUGUACUUUAAUUGAAGUCAUUUAAAAACCAAGUCUUUAAAUAUCUGUUCAAAAAAGAACACACUUUUUUAAAUGGGUCCUGCCAUACUGCCCAGGCUGGCCUUGAACUUGCGAUCCUCCUGCCUCAUUCUCCCAAGUAGCUGGGAUUACGGGUGUGCACCACCAUGGCAUUGAAAGAACACAUUUUGAAAGUUGUGCAAAGCCCUCUCCCAGUCUUUAAAAACGUCUAGAGGCAACCUCCUUCCUUUAUAGAAUACCAACAUCACUGGCUCAGAUUUUCUGUGCUAAUUUGUAAAUAUAAAUAAAUGAUUUGUUUUGUAAACUUUUGUAAAGAAUAUUUUGGUAGAAAUACUUAAAACAUAUACUUUGGGUUAUAUUUAUACAUAUGUGAAAUAAAUAUACUAUCAAAAGGUUAUAUUUUAUACAAAAAGUAAAUUGUUACCUUUUGUAUGCUAAUAUACAAAGUUUUGUACAAUAAUAUGGUUUAUUUUUAGCUCUACAUUUAAACCAUAGGUGGUCAAGUGGGAACCUUUGAAAAUUAUCAAGAGGCUUGUUAGACAAACUUAUAUUCUGAAACCUUAAUAAGAAAGCAUUCCAGGUUUCAAUUCUUUCCUUUUUUUCUGCUCUCAAAUUCUUUAUUAAACCCAUAGUUCUUGCGUCUUAUUUGAUUACUCUACUGUGCACAUUGUAUUUGUCCUUGUUGCAUGUGGUCUACUGUGUGUUUUCUCAUUUUAUAAAACAGUGUUUCUCCAUGCAAAAAGAAAGGAAAAAUAAUGUACAUAUGAACGCUUUUAUUUCAUUGCUCCUCCAUGUUUCUGUAUAUAUCUGCCAGUACUUCCCAGUUACACUCUGUGAUUCAGUUUAUUUUUACCCUAACAUAAAUAGUAUGUUUUGUAGUAGCUAUCAAAUUUAAGAGAUAAAGCAAUCAGAAUGUUUGGAUUUUCUUCUAUCUUAAUGUGAAUUUCAUAAUUAAUGUCUAUUUAUUCAGCUAUUCAUUAAAAUACAGGAUUCUUUGGAACAAAUGGUGUAAUCUAUAGUUUCUGUUUGUUGGCAGCCUAUUACCAAAGAUGAUGCAAUUUUCCUGAAAGCUGAGAUAAUGACAAUUUGAUAGACAUAUUUAGUGAGAACCUUAGGAUUUACAACUUAAGAGCUGUUGGAAUACAAUCUUCCAUUUGUAGAAAUACCAGACUACUUAAUUGUUGGCAUUGUUUAUCAUUUUGAUAUAUUAUACAAGCAGUAGAAGUAAUUUUUCAUCCUUUUUUCAAGUUCAAAGACUAGAAAGCAAUUUAAGCAAAUAAUUCAUUCUUGGUUUUGUGUUAAGCCCUGAAGAUAAAUAACUCUGCUCUAAAUGAAUGCACUAAUAUUACCUGCAUUACUGUAACUUAACCCAUAACUGUAAAGAUUUCUACUUGUAAAGUAAAUAUUUGUAUUGUAUGUAAUUCCAUGUGUAAAAAAUAGUUUUAAAAAAUUCAGAGGUGGUUUUCUUGUAUGAAGUCAUACUUUCCAUUCACCAAUGAUAUUGUUACUACAUCCCAGAAAGUUCUGAGAACUAUUAAUAGUAAUGGAUACUUACGGUCAAAUUUAUUCUGUAGGAAGCUUUUAGUACUAGCUAAAUGCUGAGUCAUGUCAUUUUAAUGUUCUUUAAUUCACUUAGAAAGUUUGUAUUAAAAUUUUAUCUGCACAGCACCUAUUAAUUACUGCCUAAUUCUCAGGCAUUGUGGGCAUUUAUCUGACUUGCUUUGUGGCAUUUGGUCAGACUGGGCUGAGGGAACAUAGGGCCCCCAAACCACAGCCUGCCUGAGCACCUUUACUCAGCCCUUCUUGAGAAGCAAGGAGGCUGAGAGAAAUCUGGGCCUCUAGGAAAAGAAGAACCUUUCUGCAUUCUCUUGCCCCACUGUUGUAUAUGUUGGUAGGGUUCCAUUGUCCCUUUCCCUUCUGCCAAAAUAUGUAUGCAAUUCUCUGUUUUACUAGCAUUAUUAAUGGAAUAAUAAUAAAAUUGAUAUUUUAUAUA